AUGUCGGAGGAUAUGGUCAAGGACGGAUACGAGGAGAUAAUGAAUGUUGACAUAUCUUCAGUGGCUAUCGAGAUGAUGUGAACCAAACAUGCUUAUGUUCCUCAGCUCAAAUAUAUGCAAAUGGAUGUUAGAGAUAUGAGCUACUUUGAAGACGAGUCAUUUGACACUGUCAUUGAUAAAGGAACACUUGAUUCAUUGAUGGUACGGACAGAUGCUCCUCUAAGUGCUUGGAGAAUGUUGGGUGAAGUUAGCAGGCUGAUUAAACCUGGAGGGACCUAUUUCUUGAUAACCUACGGUGGUCCCAAAGUGAGAAUGCCUCAUUUGACUCCUGCAUACAACUGGAACAUCUCCUUAUAUAUACUACCAAGACCAGGUUUUAAAAAACCAGGAAGCAGUAGCUACUCAGCAGCGAAAUCGCGUCUAGAAGCUAUACCUUUGACAAGUGAAGGGAUGCUACCACAUGAUUAUGUUCUGGAGGAUCCUGAUUCCCAUUUUAUUUACAUAUGCAACAAGAAAGGUUGAAGAGAAGUAGCUCAAAUACCCUCAUACCCAUUAAUGGAGUAGCAUGUUUUGUAGUGAUACUUGUCUUUUUCAAUCUCAUCCCCAUGUAUAUCAACGGUCUCUUGUUGUAUGUUCUAUGUGUGUGUGUAAUCUUAUCGCAAUUGAAUGGGAGGUUUAUACUCUAAAAGUUUAUACUCUCCUUUUAUACGGAUAAACAUGUUCUCAACUAAAU